AUGGGUUCCUCAGCAGCUCUUAGUGACCGUGCCCAAAAUGUCCCAAAGGAUUGUGACACCGCAUUUCCGGCCACCAAAACUGCUUCUUCCAGCCGAACCACAUCCUUUUCCUCCUCCUCGUCACUCUCAUCGUGCUCAUCAUUGUAUUUUCUAGAUGAUUCACUCCUUAGUCCGGCCACCCCGCUUCGACUUUCCGGUGUUCCAUUUUCUUGGGAACAUUUGCCUGGAGUUCCUAAGAAACAAGGUUCCAAGAAAAAGGACUCUACAUCGAAGGUCCUCCCAUUGCCUCCUGCUGCUGCCCCUGCAUCAAUCUGCAAAAGAUUCAAUUCCGCGGAAACUGGAAUUCAAAAGAAAAACAAUGACAGCUUUCGAAGGGAUCCCUUUUUUGCUGCAUUAGUUCAAUGUUCAAAGGAUGAUGACGACGACGAUGAUUAUCAAGUUAGUAACUUUUGGCGCCGCCCUAAGGCAUCAAGAAGCAUUAGUGACAGGUUUGGUUUUAUAAGUCUCCGAACUUCUUGUCAGAGCACUUGUGCUGUUUCUGAGUCAAUAGUAUAUCUUCCAAGAUCAAGCAGGGCAUCAUAUGAUCUAAUUAGUCGCCGUUAUCACUGA